AACAGAGCCAUCCCGAUAUGAUGCCGUCGAAUCUUGCGAAGAAAGGUGGGUAGUGGUUCAAAUGUCAAGAUGCAGAUCUCCCCUGACGCGUUGCGCACUCUGUGUAUCCGUACUGCGCCAGACGCGCAAUUUUCGGAAAGCAGGUGAAGGAUGGCGGAAAUAAAAUGUUCUACCUCGGCAUGCAGGGUGCUGCUGAACGGACAAAGACCCUGCAUCUGGCAGUCGGAGCAGAAGAGCCACUCGACUCGAGAAACGACGUCCGGCGUUUCGUCUCAUGGUGUCGACAAGAGAAAAAUCCUCCACAAUCCCAGCCACAGGCUGCGCAGUUUUUCGGGUCCAGCCGUCCGCUUUGGCAUGCCGCAUGUGAGGGUUUCAUCGGAUGGGUGGAAGUUCAGCAGACGUGGGCUAAAGCAACAGACGAAGAACCUGCGGCCAUGUGCUUUUCAUCCGAACCGAAACAUACUUGGAAGUGCUUUGACGAUCACGACCGAAGAAGAUGAUGGAGCCUUGGAGAUGCAAGCAGCCAGCUUGGGGUCAGAGUGCGACGAACUGAAUCGCGACGGAUGUUGUGGUUGGCCCGGGUGGAGGCUGGGCCGAGAAAGGUCCCUGCGCUGGCAGUCGGUGACUGGCGUGCGCGACGAAUCACAGUGGCUCAGGAGAAACCAGACGCUAGGAGGUGGUCCAGCGCUGUUGCCCAGCAGGGUCUCGGUUGACUAUGGGGCUACCGUGUGCGACGGAAGAUUAACUGUACCUUUUCCACGUUGGAUCACGCGUGUAUCUACAGUCCGUUUUACGUUCUGCACUGUCGAGUGGAUCCCGGCAGUGGCUCGGUGGUGUCGUCAUGGCCCACUCGACGCAUGCGCUGUUCAGCAGGUGAGGUGGGCAGCUACCAACACCGGGCCCAACUCCACGAGCUUAGUUGCUGCUUCCUUCCCAGUAUCCGUCCUCCGUAGCAAAAAAGUCGCAGGAGCUAUGCUCAGUCGGGCCUCACUGGCAACUGCAAACCGGGGGGGCUCCUUCUCCCCCCGCUAGUUUGGCGUCGUACCCUGGUACUCCCUAAGAAGUACACACAGUCCCGACUCCCGAGCUUGGUUUGGCGUCGGGUGUGUCUGAAAUUCUGAAUUUGGUUUGCAUCAUCUGAUGGCCUGCCCGUCAUCCAAUUCUUUAUUCUUCCCUCUUCCCUCCCAGGCUGCCCCCGAACUGCUCUUGUCCGCCAGCUCGGUCUCGAUGAACUAAUAUCGCACUUCCACCAGUCUUGUAACA